CUCACCAUUUUUCUCAACAAAAAAGAUCUCAUCAAGCUAUUGAGUAAAUCUACUAGAAAAAUGGGAGAGGAAAACAAGGCGAAAAAAUGGGAAGGUAAAGCGAUUGUUGAGGUAAGAGGAACUGAGGAGGAAAUAGUAUGGAGUGUGUUACAAGAUUUUUGUAACCUACACAAAUGGCUACCAAUUGAUACAUGUUAUAAGUUCGAAGGAGUUGAUGGUCAGCCUGGUCUUGUUCGAUAUUGUGCUUCAACCAAAAAGGGUGCCGAUGAAAAUUCAGAGGCAGUUGUGAAGUGGUUCAAAGAGAAGCUGUUGACAAUUGAUCAUGUACAACGUUGUUUGUCCUAUGAAAUUGUUGAUAACAACAUGGGAUUUAAGAAUUACGUGGCGAUAAUGAAAGUAUUGCCGCUGAAGAUCACUGAUGAUGAUGAUGAACGUGUAGGGUGUAUGAUUGAAUGGGAGUGUGUUUGUGAUCCAGUGGAAGGAUGGAGUUUGCAAAAUUUGCACUCUUACAUUGGAAACUUUCUUAGGUGUAUGGCCAACAAGAUCGAGCUUGCAUACUCUCCACUCUUCGAAUAGAUAUGAAAUAUAUAUAUGUUUUCUUUUAGAUCUAUAUAUUGUAGUUGAAAUUGUGUACUACAAUUUUUCCUUGCGUCUAUGGUGUAAUUUGUUUUUGUUUGUGAAGUCACUAUUUCUAUAUGAAUGAAUUUAUGUAUUUGAGAUGUUAAA